AUGGGCAACAAGACACCCCAUGGGCAACAGGACACCCAACUGGACCUAAAGCACCCCAUGGGCCAACCUGUCCCCGCCGGCUCGGCGCCGGGAGGAUGGCGGGCGGGGGGGGCAAAAAAACCCCAGCCCGCGGCGGCGCUGCUGGACUCCCUCAACCGCCUCCGGCUGGAGGGGAAGUUCUGCGACGUGGCCGUGCACGUGGGCGGUCGGAUCUUCCCAGCCCACAAGAGCGUCUUGGCCGCCGCGUCCCCCUUCUUCCACGACAAACUUCUGCUGCAGGAUGGGGGGCGCCUGCUGCUGCCCCCCGCCAUCGACCCCGACGCCUUUGAGGGGCUCCUACAUCUCAUCUACUCGGGCCGCUUGACGUUGCUGUUGGAUGCCCUGCCCGGUCAUCUCUUGGUGGCCAGCGGUCUCCAAAUGUGGCACGUGGUGGAUCAGUGCUCAGAGAUCUUGAGGGAGUUGGAGGGUGGGGUGUGCCGGUGGGCUGGGCGAGGCAGCGAGGUGACAUCAUCAUCGUCAUCAACUGGCCGCGGUGGUGAGGCUUCAUCAUCCUGGACUGCCCGUGGUGGAGAUGGGUCUUUGUCAUCAUCCUGGAUCAACCGUGGUGCAGAUGGGGCUUCAUGUAGCAGCCACGGGGGAGAUGGAGCAUCAUCGUGGACCACCCGUGGUGAUGGGGCUUCAUGUAGCACCCAUGGUGGAGAUGGAGCGUCAUCGUGGACCACCCGUGGUGGAGACGGGGCGUCAUGUCCCACCCGUGGUGGUGACGGAGCGUCAUCAUGGCCCACUCGCGGUGGCGAUGGGUCUUCAUCGUCCUCGUGGACCACGCGUGGUGGUGACGGCUCCUCAUGUCCCACCCGUGGUGGCGAUGGAGGAUCCUCGUGGUCCACCCGAGGUGGUGAUGGCUCUUCUUCAUCAUCAUCGUGGCCCGUGCGUGGUGGCGAUGGCUCUUCAUGGGCCACCCGCGGUGGUGAGGCGGCGCCACUGUCUUUCACCAAGGAGGGGGGCGAGGAGGUCCUCAAAAUCCGCGUAGCCGCUGACAUGGCACCAGCAGCGACAUCAUCCCUGAGCUCCCUCCUGAAGGACACCGGUGAGGAGGUCCUCAAGAUCUGCGUGGAGGAGGAAGAGGAAGAAGAAGAAGAGGAGGAAGAGGAGGGUGGCCUCCGCCGCCGCCACCGCCCCACCGAUGCCCUCCAGAUCGUGCUGGAAGAGGAAGAGGAGGAAGACGGGGUGCCCGGAGACGCCCACGAGCCCCCCAAGAUCUUCUACAUCAAGCAGGAGGCUCUUUCCCAGUUUGGGGCCAGCUCCCAGUUCAGGCCCUGUACUGGUUUGGGGCCAGCUCCCAACUAA